UUCACUUCUCGUUGCCUACAAAAUAACGAGCUUUUUCUCUUCGUUUCAGUCCCAGCUAAUUCAGAGAUGAUUAACUCUAAGCUUUUCCUUCUCUUGGUUCUGUGUGCUCUUUUUCGCUUUCUUGGUGCCAUGCAGCCUCUGUAUUCUCGUGCCGGCUCCAAGGCCACCAAUUCUGCUAUGCCGCCGCUGGUAAGCUCGAGGAACACGCUUGGGGAAGAGAAGUCAUUUUACCAUCCUGCUGCUUAUGGUGGCGGUGGAGGUUCUGGUGCGGGUGGUGGUGAAGGUCCCGGGUAUGGUUCUGGGGAAAGGUUUGGUGAAGGAGUAGGUAGUGAUGGAGAUGGUGGUAGUGGUGGAGGAUAUGGAGGUGGGGGCGGCAGAGGAAGUGGCGGAGGAAUGGGAGAUGGUUCUGGUUACGGUAGUGGAAGUGGUUAUGGUUACGGUAUUGGAACAGGAGCCAGUGGAGGUGGUGGCGGUGGAGGAGGUGGAGGUGGAGGUGGUGGUGGUAUGAGUGGAGCUAAUGGCACUGGAUUUGGUGAAGGGGAAGGUUCUGGUGCUGGCUAUGGAGGAGUUGGAAUACCUUGA